UGCGCAGAUCAUACUCCUCCCGAGCAAGACCAGCACUGCAUUGUUUCAGGCAAGAACGGGAUGAAAUAAUGAAUGGUUCGCCUACUUGACAGUUUACUGCACAGGAACAUGGACUUCCGCCAUUUUGCAUGGUGGUACUGAGCAGAGUCUUGCUAUGAGUGCCAAAGCAGACCUGGAUGUCCUGCCACAUGAUGGAGAUGUCCCGACUGAAAGCAGCGUCUCUCACGCUCCCAAUGACAGUUCUGCACAGCGGCUCAAACCCCAGGAGACCACCACAAUCAUUUUUCCAGCUUGUGCUCAUCCAUUGCCAAAAGUGGAGCUGCCUCCAAAUGCAAUCAAGGCGAUUAAAGGCAGUGAACUGGAGGCCGCAUCACUUCCUGCUCAGGUUGGCGGGACGAUUGUCCAUGUUCUGGGCUGGAAGGAGGGCAUGGCCAUCCUCCCUGGAAGCAAUCUGAAGUUAUGUGUUAGUGACACUGGUUCACUGGAAGUGAUCAGUGAAGGGAAAAUAGGCUCUGCUAACCUGACCACUGAAGGAGCGCAGACAAAAUCAACUGUUAUGGAGCUCAAACAAGCUGAAAAACCAGACUUCUCAGCGGGUGGGAAUGUCCGGUCUGCUGCCUUUGUGGAGGCCGACAGACUUCAGAGAGCACGUAUGGAGGCUCAGGACAGUCCAGCUCAUAGCAAGUGCACUGAGACAUCGGCCAAACAGACUUACCUGACGGAGCUACGCAGAGAGACCAUGUCUGAAAAUCCUGCAGGGAUUGCUGAAGCACAGGUGAUUUAUCAUGAGCAUGAAAUGCUGAAGCCCAUGAAGAAGAGGAAGAGGAGGGAAUACAACAGCCCAUCAGAGGAAGAGUCUGAUGCUGAGCCAAUGGAGGAGAAAGUGGAGGCUUUAAAAAUGGACUGCAGACAGAACAAAGCAGGCUCAGCAGAGAGUAAGCUGGAGCUGUGGUCCUGGCCGCAGUAUCUAGAGCAGCAGAAAGCUGUGGCCGCUCCAGCCAGACUCUUCCAGGAGACCCAGAGGGUUCCCACGAUUAAGAACAGCUUCAGACAGGGGAUGAAGUUAGAGGGCAUCGACCCCCAGCACCCCUCCAUGUAUUUCGUCCUGACCGUCGCUGAGGUCUGCGGCUUCAGAUUGCGCCUCCAUUUUGAUGGCUAUUCUGACUGCCAUGACUUCUGGGUCAACGCCAGCUGCGCUGAUAUUCACCCCGCUGGAUGGUGUGAGAGCACAGGACACAAGCUCUACACCCCAAAAGGAUGUAAAGAAGAAGAGUUUUCUUGGUCCAGCUACCUAAAGAUCACGCGAUCACAAGCUGCCCCGAAGGAGCUGUUCUCUCACUCAGUUAAACCGGAGACAGACUGUGGGUUUGAGGUGGGGAUGAAGCUGGAGGCUGUGGACCGCAUGAACCCGUCUCUCAUCUGUGUUGCCACGGUAACAGACAAAGUGGGCAACCGCUUCCUGGUUCACUUUGAUAACUGGGACGACACGUAUGACUACUGGUGUGAUGCUCACAGCCCGUACAUUCAUCCCAUCGGCUGGUGUGAGGAGAGAGGCCUCCCGCUGACGCCCCCGCAGGACUAUCAGGACCCUGACAGGUUCUCGUGGGAGAGGUAUCUGGAGGAGACGGGCUCGACGGCGGUCGCUCCUGAAGCCUUCAGAGUGCGCCCCUCCCACAGCUUCCAGGUGCAGAUGAAGCUGGAGGCAGUGGAUAAGAGGUGUCCGGGGCUGAUCCGCUUGGCUACGGUGCAGGAGAUUGACACCUACAGAAUCAAGAUUCAUUUUGAUGGCUGGAGUCACUUGUACGAUGAGUGGAUGGAUUCGGAUCAUCCGGACAUCCACCCUGCGGGCUGGUGUGAGAGCACAGGACACCCCCUCAAACCUCCACCCUGCCAGCCCACCGCCCAGAAACCCGGUCCCCGGGAGAGCCUGACAGCCCGGCAGCCCAGCUUCUCCUCCAUGCCUUGUAAAAGUCUGCCUCAGUCACGCAGCACCUCCAAAUACAGCUUCCACCACAGAAAGUGCCCUACUCCGGGAUGUGAUGGGUCAGGUCAUGUGACCGGCCGCUUCACGGCACAUCACUGUUUAUCUGGCUGCCCAUUGGCUGAGAGGAACCAGGGCCGGCUUAAAGCGGAUCUCUCUGAUACAGAAGGAUCCAGACGUAACCUGCUGGUCUUCGGCCAGAGAGCAAAAAAAUCACGCUUCCAUGGCAGGAUUGGUCGCCCUCCAAAAUAUCGCAAAAGUCAGCAAAGAAAUUGUCAGAACAUGGCGUUGGAGGGAAUGUACUCGUCUCUCUUCAUGACAGCGUUUACAGUGAACUCGGACCGGACUCUGUCUCUCUGCUGGGAGCAGCACUGUAAGUUACUGCCUGGCGUCGCAGGAAUUCAUGCAGGUCAAGUAUCCACAUGGACUAUAGAGGAGGUCUUUGGAUUUGUCAAUAAUCUUAUUGGUUGUGAGGAGCAGGCCCGAAUUUUCAAAGAGGAAAUGAUUGAUGGAGAGGCGUUCCUCCUUCUGAAUCAAAAUGAUAUUGUGAAGAUCAUGAAUAUCAAGCUAGGACCAGCGCUGAAGAUUCACAACGCCAUCUUAAUGUUCAAGAGCACAGAUGAAGGCCUGAAGUGAGCAGCUCAUCCUCAGACUCCUCAAUCAGAAUCCGACUUCUAUCACGUGUUUGCUGUUUAACGUCUGAACCCACCAGAGAGAGAGAGAGAGAUCCAGGACGAACCAUAAGUGACAAAGCAGCCCAGCCCAGCUUUGACGGUGCUUUACUUCAAAAGCGAAACGACACGUUCUGAUAAAGAACAACUUGAUCUGGACCCACCUUUUACAGUGUUUUCUGUAUCUGGAGUGCUAACUGAAAUCUACAUUAGUCCUCAGUAUGUUGUGUGGAAAUCGGCGCGCAGAAAUAUCAGGGCAGAUUUCAGUCGAUUGGUGCUACUGGACCCUUUAUUCGAUCCCUGAUGAUGCACUUUACAUGAGGAGUCCAUUGUUUGGGGACCAUUACCAAUAUCUGCCCUCAGUAACAAAGUGCUCCUGACAUUCAAAGAGAUUCUAGUUUAAAAGCAUGAGCUAUUUUACCGAGAUAUCAGUGUUGUUAUUUUUCAUCUGUAUGAAUGAGGGGUGAAUAGCAGGAACCGAGGUCAGGUUUUUAGGUCAUCUAUGUUUCUCUCUCUGAUGGGAACAUUUUAAUAAUGUACAGUUGAGUAACUGUGUCGUUCAGUUCAUCAACAUGAAUAAAUGUUUAAUUCAAGUGUUGUUCAGUGGAGUCUGACAGUCCCCUGAAUAUGUGAACUUGUUGAGGAGAGCUGUGCUAUUUCCAAGCCACUAGAUUCACAAUUUUCAUCUGGCAGACGAUAAAACGGGCAUAAAAUGCAAUAAAUGAAUACUAAGAUAGCAACAACAUAACAGUGCCCCGGAAACCACACUUUUUUAGCAAACUGUAUGAUCGCAAGUUGCGUCAUUUACAACAUUUCUGUGUUUUCUGAAAGCAUAGUUAAGACUAACGAAGGAUUCGCUGUUGGUCAGUGUGGUUACAAGCAGAGCUGGGGAGUAACCAUAGACUGUAUAAAAACAUGGACGUAGUGUCCGUGACG